AUGUCUGUGAUCGUGCCAUCACUAGAUACCAGAGAAACAAUGGACAGCGAGGCCACACUGGUUGCCGUCUCUGAGAGAGUACAGCCAGCCUCGAGAAAUGAGCAUUAUCAUCAUCAUCAAUUUAGUUCCAACAGACACACCAUUGGGCUGUUCAACUUCGCAAGAAUUAUGCUCAGGUUGACACUGCUCUGGGUGAAUCUACUGCUUCUCCCCCUUUGCGGCUGGAACGCUGCAAGCUCAACGCUUUUUCUUGUCAUACGAGGAGUCCCCCUGGGCCGACAAGUGGAAGCAUUUCUUCGUUUAUCUUAUAAUAUGGCCAAAAUGGAAUUCAGUACCGCCGGACUAAACAGGUGA